AAAAUUCCUUCACGUUUUCAUGUCCUCCAACGUUUACCCACCUCUCCUCUUCUCUCCAACCUUCCUUUUCUUGUUCGAUGCCAUCACCUGAAACCGUUCUCUGCUCUCAAUCUCACCCGCCCACUCUCCCCUUCUUCUUCACUUCUACAUUCAUGCAAAAACCUUAGAAAAUUAAAACAACUCCAUGCUUCUUUAAUACUCUCAUUUGGGAACUUUCUCCCCACUUCCUGGGCCUCAAGGCUAAUAUCUUUUUAUGCCCAUUUCAAUGAUCUUGAAACCGCUGUUUUGGUUGUUAAGUCUUUGAAACAAGCUGAUACAAUAACAUGGAAUCUGAUAAUAAAAUCCCAUGUUGAUUUUGGAUACAUCGAAAAGGCUUUAUUCUUGUAUAGAAAGAUGAGAAAAGAGGGGGUAAAACAUGAUCGUUUUACGUUUCCAAUAAUUAAUAGAGCGGUUCGGUCGAUUAAUGCUGAUGCAGAAUUUGCAAAACUUAUUCAUUGCGUUGCUGUGAAAAUGGGUUUUGGAUUUGAUUUGUAUUUUGGGAAUACAAUGGUUGAGGUCUAUGGAAAAUGUGGGUGUUUUAGUAAUGCUUAUAAGAUGUUCGAUGAAAUGUUUGAGAGGGAUUUGGUUACUUGGACGUCUAUGAUUUCUGGGUGUUUUUAUGAGGGAAACGUUGUUGAGGCUUUUACAUUGUUCAAGAAAAUGAGGCUGGAAGUGGAACCCAAUGCAGUGACUGUGAUUGUCUUGUUGCAGGGUUGUUCUAGAUGGGGAAGUUUUAUUGGUGGGAAGCAAACGCAUGGCUAUGUGAUCAAAAGUGGCGUAUUGGCUGAUGGAUCUGUACUAAAUUCUGUUUUGAAGAUGUACACAACAAUGGGUUCUGUUGAAGAAGUUGAGACGUUUUUUAGGGAAAUUUUUCAGAGGGAUAUAGUUUCCUGGAAUACUUUGAUUUCCUACUAUUCACUAAGGGGAGAUGUUGGAGAAGUAGCAGACAGGUUCUGUAAAAUGCAGGUUGAGGUAAAGGUCAGCAUGGAGACACUAACCCUUGUCAUAUCAGCGUUUGCAAAGUCUGGGAAUCUAUCACAAGGUGAAAUAUUACACUGUUGUGCCCUAAAAUUGGGUUUAGAUGAUGAUGUUUUGCAGACAUCUUUGUUGGACUUUUAUGCGAAGUGUGGGUUGUUAAAAAACUCGAUUCAACUUUUUAAAGGAAUCUCAAGUAGAAAUAGCAUUGCAUGGAGUGCCAUGCUAUCAGGUUACAUUCAAAAUGGAUUUUUCAAGGAGGCCAUUGUGUUAUUCAAGGAAAUGCAAGCUGCAGGUCUUCACCCCACGUCUGAGAUUCUGGGAAACAUAGUUCACGCGUGUACCCAUGUAGGUGCAUUAGAAGUGGGUAAAGAAAUUCAUGGCUAUUCUAUAAAGAACAUGUUUCAUAGUCCUAAGAAAGAGGGGACAUACUUAGAAUUAGAAACCUCUAUCUUAAACAUGUACAUUAGAAAUGGAAGCAUCUCUUCUGCCAGAGCGUGUUUUAAUAGAAUGUUGGUGAAAGAUAUAGUGGCUUGGACAUCAAUGAUUGAGGGCUAUGGGAUUCAUGGACUUGGUUCUGAUGCCCUGAAACUUUUUGACCAAAUGGUGGAGGAAGGAGCAACACCAAAUUGUGUAACUUUCUUGAGUUUGCUAUCUGCUUGUAGCCACUCUGGCCUUGUGAGUGAAGGCUGCUACGUCUUUUAUUCCAUGAAAUGGAGGUUCAGCAUUGAACCUGAUUUGGAUCAUUACACUUGCAUGGUUGAUCUUUUGGGGCGAGCUGGAAAACUCAAAGAGGCCUUGGCAACAAUCAUGAAGAUGUUGGCUUUCCCUGACAGCCGGAUUUGGGGUGCUCUUCUCGCUGGUUCUAGAGUUCAUGGACACAAAAAAGUUGGGGAAUAUGCUGCGCAUCGGCUUUUGGAACUGGAAUCUGACAAUGUUGGGUAUCACACACUGCUCAGCAACGUACAGGCUAGUACUGGACAGUGGGCUGAAGUUGAAGAAGUUAGGAGAGCUAUGUUUGAGAAGAAUUUGAAGAAGCAACCAGGGUGGAGUUACAUAGCGGAAAACAAACACAUACAUUGUUUUGUGUGUGGAGAUAAGUCACACAAUCAAGUUGAAGAAAUUUAUGAAGUAUUAGGAUGCUUAAUUAGGCAAGCACAGGAAUUUGACAGUGUCUAGUGUACAAAUUUGAUGAGUUGAUCAGUUACGUUGUUAGAAUAAUCUAUAACAUACUUGGGGCUUCUUGAUUUUGCCCCGUGUGAGCUUAAA